GCACAGAUGCACUUUGAAAGUAAAUCGUCAAUUUAAGACACCUCUUGAAAUACUAUAUCGGCGUUACCUAUAUAACUAAAUGACAAUGGCGAAGCUAAAAGAAUUUAUGGAAAAGACGCACUGCAAUGGAAAUGAACUUUUUGAUCGCCGUCGCAAAACUGGAGUUUAUAAAAUGGAACAAAAUCCUCACAUAGUCUUUGAUAACAACAGAUUUUUAAGUACAAUCGUUACAGGAAAAAGAAAAAUUUCCAAUGAAAUUGUGCCGCCAGGAUCGCACGGCAUCUACCGUCAGAAGUCGUUAAACUCCUGUGAUAAGGCAAUAUCUUUCAGUGGCUGUGCGAGGGCAGCACGUCAGUCGAUCGGUAAUAUCGGCAGUAUUCUAUCGAGGAAAAUGGCAGGCUCUACGUCCCAACCGAAUCUCCCCUGGCCAAAUUCCAAAGACGAUUAUGAAUUACGACAAGUAAUUGGUGUCGGAGCGACUGCUGUAGUUCACGCGGCAUUCUGUAAGCCACGCAACGAAAAAUGCGCCAUAAAGAGAAUAAAUUUGGAAAAAUGGAACACAUCAAUGGACGAACUGCUGAAAGAGAUUCAGGCGAUGUCAAGCUGUAAUCAUGAGAAUGUCGUCACAUAUUACACCAGUUUUGUGGUUAGAGAGGAACUUUGGCUUGUGUUGCGUCUUCUUGAGGGUGGAAGUUUAUUGGAUAUUAUUAAACAUAAAAUGAAAGUUAGCAACUGUAAACACGGUGUCUUUGAUGAAGCGACUAUUGCUACUGUGUUGAGGGAAGUUCUUAAGGGCUUGGAAUAUUUUCAUAGUAAUGGACAAAUUCAUAGGGAUAUUAAGGCUGGAAAUAUUCUGCUAGGUGAAGAUGGAACCGUGCAAAUUGCUGAUUUCGGUGUAUCGGCAUGGCUUGCGACGGGGCGAGACUUAUCCAGACAAAAAGUAAGACACACAUUCGUAGGUACGCCCUGUUGGAUGGCUCCCGAAGUAAUGGAACAGGAUCACGGAUACGAUUUCAAGGCAGAUAUUUGGUCGUUCGGUAUAACGGCAAUCGAAAUGGCAUCGGGAACCGCCCCGUAUCACAAGUAUCCGCCAAUGAAAGUACUUAUGCUAACGCUUCAGAACGAUCCGCCUAAUUUAGAUACCGGAGCCGAAGAAAAGGACCAAUAUAAAGCGUACGGGAAAACCUUUAGAAAAAUGAUAGUGGAUUGUCUACAGAAGGAGCCUUCGAAACGCCCAAGUGCCUCUGAGUUAUUAAAACACCCCUUCUUUAAAAAAGCGAAAGAUAAAAAAUAUCUACAGCAAACUUUAGUCGCUAUCGGACCAAGUUUAGAAACUCGAAUACAAAAGGCAUCGAAGCGACAGCCCGGAGCAUCCGGUCGACUGCAUAGGAAGGAAACCGGUGAGUGGGUGUGGUCUAGUGAGGAUGAGGGUGAGGAUGGCGGUUCAAGUGAUAGUGAUACAGACUCGAGGCCCAUGAAUACUUUAGCUUCAAUGGGUUCUUCUGGGUCUGAUCACGAGGAGAGUAGUGAAGGGGAUCCUUCACCCGUUAAUUUAGUACUCAGAAUGAGAAAUGCGAAAAGAGAACUCAACGAUAUUCGUUUUGAGUAUGCAGUAGGUAAAGAUUCGGCUGAAGGGAUUGCGACCGAACUUGUGGGUGCAGGCCUAGUGGACAGUCGUGACACUUCAGUGAUAACUAAUAACUUGCAAAAACUCAUUGAUUCUAAAGAAACGCUUAAAGUAGUUACUUUUCCAUUGAGUUCUGGAUACAGUAGUAAUGAAACUCCAGAUGAUAAAGCUCUUAUAGGAUUUGCCCAAAUAUCUAUAACAGACUGAGAUCUACUUUUUAAUGCCAGCAUAGCAUAUUCUGCCUUUUGGAAUCUAUUGAUCAACGAUGUAUAUAUUGUAGAUAUAAAAGUUAAUAUAAUUCAUUUUGAUUAUCAUGUUUCGACAUACACAUUUUAGUACUCUUCAUAUUCAUUUGAUCAGUAGAUUUCAUAUCAAGCACUGUGUACUUAAGUCACUCAUGUAGCAUAUAAAAGUUGUUUAUAUAUUUAUGAUUGUUGUAUAUUGUUUUUUAGCCUGAAUUUUAUGUCAAAAACUUAAUAUUGUUAAAGCUAUGUUACCUACUAGAUUUACUUAAUCAUAUAACAUACUUGCUUCUAAGUCAAAAUAGGCCCAAAGUGAAUUUCUUCCUAUCGCUUACAUCAAUUACGGAAGAUGGUUUCCUUACAGCAUGUUAAUGCAAGUUAUAAUUCAUUUUUUUAAGUGCAAGAGUGUAAUUCAGUUGCCAAUGGCUGAUUGUGCCAAGUGAUGUAGUUAUUGUUUUGAAUGCUAUUGUGGGAUUGGUAGAGAUUGUAAAUACUAUUUAUUUAUUCUAAUAGUCUCAAUAUAGAAUUGACUUUUCUA